AAUCUAAAGCAAUGCGUUUAGUUGGUCCGUAAUUAGCUUUCUUGUGGUUUGCAUUGGCUAUCUGGCUAAAAAGGUUAGUUUUGGAACUGUUUUCUAAGCAGUCUCUCUUUCAAGUGUCAACUGUGGCAUGUGCCUGGGAUUAGGACAUUUUAUUGAGGAUUUUGGCAACACCCCGAUAGUUGCAUGCUUAAGGACCAAACCUCAAGACCUGAACAUUAAUCAUCUUUGAAGUUUGGUGGACGUUUUCACUUUGCAGGUAUUUAAACUAUGUUCCAGUUCAUCCAGAAAAAGAUUCACAAUAAAACUGCUAAACGUAAAAGUAUGAGAACUCGUCUUGUUACCAAGGAUGGCCACUGCAACAUUAAAUUUGGGACCAAUGAAUAUCAAAACCAUUUUGCUUUCAUCAUGGACUUCUGGACUACAUUUGUUGAAAUACGCUGGUGUUUUUUAAUUGUUUUAUUUUUUGCUACCUUCACUGGAAGCUGGUUCAUUUUUGGGUUACUCUGGUAUUCACUUGCGAAAAGUAACGGAGACUUAGAUAGACUCCAGAAUACAUCAGAAUCCCCCCAUUUGAAGUGUAUAGAGAAUAUUAACAGUCUCACUACAGCCUUCUUAUACUCUGUAGAGACACAAACAACAAUUGGGUAUGGCGGUCGGGCUCUAACGGGUCACUGCCCGGGCACUGUUGCUCUGUUGAUCAUCCAGUCCCUAAUGGGCGCCAUAAUAAACUGCUUUAUGUGUGGACUCAUUCUGGCAAAGAUCUCGCUCCCAAAGAGGAGAGCAAAAACAGUCACUUUCAGUGAAACAGCAGUCAUCUCUAUGUGGAAAGGAAAUCUAUGCCUGCAGGUCCGAGUGGCCAAUUUAAGAAAAACCCUUCUAAUUGGAAGCCAGAUUUAUGGAAAGCUCCUUCGCACUACCAUCACUCCAGAGGGGCAGACAAUAAUCCUGGACCAGGUGAACAUUGAAUUUUUGGUUGAUGCUGGUAAGGACAACCUCUUCUUUGUUUGUCCACUCACAUUGUACCAUGUAAUCGACAAGUCCAGCCCAUUUACAGAGAUGGACGCAGACACUCUUCAACAGCAGGACUUUGAGUUGGUAGUCUUCUUGGAUGGUACGGCCGAAUCCACCAGCUUGUCCUGCCAAGUCCGGACCUCCUUUCUUCCCUGGGAGAUUCAGUGGGGUUACAAUUUCUUGCCCUUCAUAUCUCGCACCAAGGGAGGAAAAUACAGUGUCGACAUGUCCAACUUCUCCAAAACAGAGCCAGUGGUCACGCCACACUGUGCGUGCUGUUUCCAGAAUGAACAUAACAAGGAAUUAAUUCUCCACUGUCAUGGACAUGAAGGUGCUGAUAAUCUGGGAUUUGACAUUAUUGAUCUUCAAGAUUCCUUAGAUGUAAAUAUAAUGGGUGACUGAAUAUGUUUUUAAAUAUUUAGUAUCUGUGAACAUGCUUUACAGACGUGUAUAGUUUUCUCAGCAUCUGACGUUAUGAGUUGCACAUUUUUAAGAUGCUGAAUUAAGCUAAAAACAUUGAGUGUUUUGUUCUAUUGUGUUUGCCCUUACAAUAAUCGAUGCAAAAUUGCCACUGAUAAUUUUUUCAUGCAGAUGAGCUAUGUAUCAAACUUUCUGCAAAUUGUCCAUUGUUGCCAAAGGUUUGCU